CCUUGUGUUGUGGCGUUGCCCGAGAGACCGUUCGCGGUCGUCGAAAAUAGAUCGUCGCGAUCCCGACGAUAUCCGCGGAUCGUCGUCGUCGACGUUGUGGGGUUGUGAUGAGCGAUCGCGUUGAAUUUAACGGGAACCUGAUGUAUCUGGCAGCACGCGGGAAUUCGUGGGAAAGUGUUGCGGAGUCCUGAUUUUAUGCUUAAUGGUAAAUUGGACGCGAGAUUGUGAUCAACGGAAAAUAUACGAGGAAGGAUUCCCACACGCGUCGUGCAAUUACUGACGCGAGCUUCUUGUGUGCAAUGUAUCAUCCGGGAAUGUCAUAACAGUACAAUCCUGAUGCCCCGAUUAGAAUCGUUGAACUCUUUGUGAUUUCACUUUUAUGUAUCUACCUAUAUCGAUAUAAAGAUAAAGUUUCAAAUAAAUGUAUAGAGAAUUUAUAUAAAAGUUACAUAAAGCGAUUCCGAACUUUGAUCUCUACGUUACGUGUGUAAAACAACGUAUCAAAGAAUUAAAACUGACCAUGUAUUAAUUGACGUUAUCCAAUUUCAAAGAUGUCAUUAACUCGCAUCCAAAAAGUUUUUUGAUCUGUAUCGAGGGUCAAAACGUAAUUUCCAUCACGGGGUAUGUUUUCAUCUCUAAUCAAACCCUCUUUUAAAAUCUACGCAACACAUACGCUAGUAAUCACACCGGCGGUGAUUUUUGACACGAGCUGUAGCGUCGGUGAUGAACUCAUCCUGUAUUAAUAAGAUAUUGACCACUGAACAUCGUUUGGGUGAUAAUAUCAUGGUUUAUCAACGAUGCUUGUCAGGUGUAUGUACAUGGAGAACGUAAACUCGCGGAGAGACGCGAGAAGAGAAAAGUGCAACGUCAGCGAAUCUAGAUGGAUGGACGCUCGCUAAAUUUGCGUGAUUGCUCUGCCUGCCGCGGCAAAUUAUUCCAGGGUAAUAAUCCUCGCGAAGCGUACCGGCUGACAAAUCUCCCAAGCGCGAUAAAAGUUAACCGGGGCGAAAUCUCGCGGGUGCGAUAAUGAGCGGAAACAUUGCGGGCACGAUAAAGGCAUGGACGAAAGUGUCGCCCGUUGCGUGUAUAAUAUUUUACGUUUUAAAAUUCUCUCGUGCUUCUUCAUCAACGCUAUCGUACCCUAAUAUUUCUCAAUUCUCAACUCUGCAGCUGUUUCUCCAGACGCAUUCCCCACGAAUCGUCGUAAAUCUUCAGAUCAAACCACUCGAGAAUUAUACCGUUGCUCUCAUUCAGCAUGUUGCGUGGUAAUUUUUGAAAAAUAAUAUCUCAAAAUAAAUAACUAUUGACAUUUCCGAAUGAUAAUUGAGUGUAAAAUCGCGACUGAAAGUUUCAUCGACAUUUAUUUUUGUUCUACACAUGUUGCUAUUUAUUUAUUAAAGUUAUAUCUGAAAUUAAUUCGCCACCAAUAAAUUUAGACUGAGUUCAACACCGAUUAUUAAUUCAGUAUCGUGUUAUUUUUUUUUUUCGCAGCCGUACGACAAAGAGUUAGCGCGGAGGCGUCUCUUCGUGGAAGGGUUGCCGGACGCGAGUACGUCGGUAUCGAUCAAAAAGAACCCUCAUGCAACUUUGAUGAGGCUCUCCCGUGAAGCGCAUAUAGCGCGUGCAAUCGUGUGCAACGUGACCGGCGCAUCCUCGUGGCAAACUGUCGAGCGUGAAACGACGAGUGGCCGUCGUCGCAUGUCGGGAUCUGGUAGAUGUAAUUGACUGUAAAUAGAACGGCGAUAGAACUGCCCUAUUGUUUCAUCAGCGGCGCCGGAGAAAUCUCGCCCGCCAGUCGCGCCAGAGAGAUAUUUUAUUAAUUCCUGGGAGUAACACACGCGAUACGUAUAAAUGAUCAUGCAAAGGUAAUGACUCCGCAAAUACGUACCUCGUCUCUGCAUCUGUCGAAUCAACAUUUUAAGAACCUGAUUUAACAAAACCAUUAGCAUGUUAAGUAAACGGCCGACAAUAGCCCGAUCCGCUUAUAAAUUGGUAUUUGCUAUAUAUUUUUUAUUUGAUAGAUGCAAAGUUUAUUUUUAUACUUUUACAACUUCUGUUUGAUAGAAACGAAGUUUAUUUUUAUGUAUAGAUAUUCUUUAUUUCAUAGAAACGUUAUUUUGUAAUGGGAAUCCGAGAUAAUUUUUAUCGUUUCGCAAAAUUACGCGUUACGUUCGAGCGCGACGUUUCGAGGACAUUCGCAAUAUUACUAAGUCGCGUCCGAGCAGAGAGAAUAAAAACGAUGAAUACGUAAUACGACAAUUGACGUAAACUGUGCAUCAAACUAUACAUCAGCUGAUGACCGGUAUACAGAGCGGGCUGAGAGAGCUCGCGAGACUGAAACGUCUUUUAAAUCAGAGGAAAGGGAAUUCUCGCGUUCUGCCAGAUUUGAGAAUGCCUGUAGCAAAGUCCUCAGCCUACUUGCAUAGCUCGUCGAUCAGAAUAGCCGAUAUCGCGCAACGUUUAAUUACGACGUGGCGAUAACUCCCCACGAACGAACUUCUGCCGCCGUCGACCGUCAGUUUGUUGCUCGUAGUAUCGUGUACCAAUUUUCGUUGCAUAACGCUGAAACGACGAUGUUAUAGCUCAAAACGACGAAACCACGCCAGGCUUUUAUACUGAAUUGCGAGGCAUAAAUUCUUGAUCGUGAGAACAUCUGCGAAACAUUUUUUACAUCCCGAUUCGGCGUUUCGCUUUGCAGUGCUGUUUACAAUAGUGCUCAAUAGUUACUAACUGUCUCAUUGCAAUAGUACAACGUAUUAAAGACACAAGGACGAAAGUUGGAGGAACCGUUCAAGUGCACAGCGAUCUCGAAUCGCCUUGUGGAACGAGCUGUACUUUGGUCGAUGAUUCUUCGCGUCUUCGUGGCGGGAGUGUUAAUUGUACAGCCGGCUUCAUUGUACAAGUUGCAACGUUUCGUGACAAUACGAUAAGUAUCGGACCGCCAGGCAAGCCAAGAUGAUUCUCCGCCGAAAGUCGCAGCAUACCUGCAAUUGUCCCUGUCAUCAACACUGUUCGACUAAAUGCGCAGAAGAUGUAGAGAGUAUGACAGGCGAGAUAGAAAAUGGAGACUUGGCAGUUAGAGACGUUGCAGACCUUCUCCAAGCACAGUAUGCUAUUAUUGCUGGAGGAAAAACACGAGAAGGAUGUCCCAUAAUCACAUUUCCAGACAAUGGCAAUUUUCACAACUUAACUGAUUUGGACUAUCAGCGUCUCAUGCUGUAUCUCACUUCUGUGCCAACGUUGCAAGAAGCAGAUCUUGGAUUUCAUUUAAUAAUCGACCGGAGAAACGACAAGUGGAAUUCAGUAAAAACGGUGCUUCUAAAAAUUUCUGCAUUUUUUCCUGGUUUGGUGCACGUCGCGUACGUGCUACGACCUGUCGGAUUUUUACAAAAGGCCAUUUCAGAGGUGUCGAACAAAUUGUUCCGAGAGGAUUUUAAGUUCAGGGUCAUAUUCUUAGCUAAUAUUGCUGAGUUGCACGAAUUCAUAGAGAAGGAGCAGCUCACUGAGCAACUCGGCGGCGAUUUGCCAUAUUGCCAUCACACUUGGAUACAGAACAGGAUUAGUUUGGAAAAAUUUUCAUCGAUGACGCAGGACGUGUCUCUCGCGUUAGACUCUUUCACGCGACGUUUGGCUGAAGUGGAAUUUCCUAACAAUACUAUCGCUACGACAACGUUAUUGUCGCAACAACAAGCUGAGUAUAACGAGUUAAAAGAGGAAAUACUCAGUGCUGCCAGGCACGGAGAAGCUCUUUUGGACAGUGUACGACAGUUAACUGGAAAAGGAACAGCCGACCGCUUAGGAAAUGUUGCUGCAGUAGAGAGGCUACUCGUUCAAUUGGAGGAAACCGAACGAACCUUCGACUUGUUUUGGUCCCAUCAUAGCUCACGUUUGAGACAUUGUUUGGCUCUGCGGCAAUUCGAACAAGAUUUUCGGGAAUUGCAAGCGACAUUAGAUCAGCAUCUAAAAACGGCGGAAGAAAUGACAGAGGUCGGCGAAACGCAAGCGAGAGUGGAACAAUUAUUGCACGACACGUCGGCAUUUCAGCGAAUAUGCAGAGGAGACAUAGAUCACGCGGAGGAGGUGAUAUCUGCUGGCCAACAGCUACUGUCUGGCAGGCAUCAAUGCCCGGCGGACGUUGUGGAACCGAAAUGCGUAGAGUUACAAAGAGUCUGUACCAUUCUCAGUCAGAGGCUUGAGAGACGACUGCACAUGCUAACCAAGUGCAGGGAACUUAUGGAGCGUAUAGACAAGGCUAACACUUGGUGCACGCGAGGGAUAGAAUUGCUAGCGUCGCAGAACAGCACCACGCCAGCGGAUCAGGCGCUUCAAGAGCUGCAGCAAUUGAUCGAAGCCGCAGAAGAGUUCCAUCAUCCCCGAUGUAUCUUCCAGGAUUCCGUGAUGCCGGAGACUAAAGCGCUUAUCACGCAAGUUUUGCAAAGGAUAGAAGAUGUGUCCUUAAUGUGUGACAAGAGGAUAAUGGCACUAAAACAGCAACUGAUCAAACCAGCCAGACCAGUACAAACUGUUACUCCAGAACCAGUCAAACCCUUACAAUCACUGCCUCAAAUCGUGAAAUCCGGCAGAAUCCUGAAGAAAGCUAAUACCAUGCCAAAGAUGGAGAUGGGUCCUAUAGAGGGGGAGUCUUCGUCGCCAGAAAGCGAACCUCGAGACGUUGAAGCUUUGCGCUUGAAACGCGGUCACGUUUUGGCAGAGCUAGUGGAAACUGAACGAAUUUAUGUCGCCGAACUCGGUUCAAUCAUUAAGGGCUACAAGAUGGAAAUGACGAACGAGGCAAUGGCUCAUUUGAUACCCGCAGCACUAGUUGGCAAAGCGGACGUGUUGUUUGGAAAUUUAGAGGAUAUUUAUAUUUUUCAUGGGGAGACGUUUCUAAGGGACUUGGAGAACUGCAUUUCGAACACUGAGCUCGUCGCUUUGUGCUUUGUUCAAAGACGUGAGAUGUUCUUUAGAUUGUACAGUUAUUAUUGUCAAAACAUUCCGCGAUCUGAAAGAUUGCGCGAACAAAUACAAAGCGAGCCGCAGUUUCUCGCAGCCUGCCAGCAAAAACUCGGCCACAAGCUGCCGCUCGCUGCCUACCUUCUCAAGCCAGUUCAGCGAAUUACUAAAUAUCAGUUGUUGUUAAAGGAUUUAUUAAAAUAUAGCGAUGAACCCUCGUGUUGCACAGAGUUACAGGAGGCGUUGGACUGCAUGCUAGUUGUGUUGAAGUGCGUUAAUGACAGCAUGCAUCAAACUGCGAUAACAGGUUUUGGAGGCGAUCUGAGUGCACAGGGUGAAUUAUUGCUACAAGGCUCAUUUAGUGUCUGGAGUAGCAGUAAGCGAGAGCGACUGUUGCGACUAAAACCAUCUCAGCGACAUAUUUUCUUGUACGAGAAGGCACUGAUAUUUUGUAAGCACAGCAAGCCUCAAGCUCAUGACAAGGCCACGUAUCAUUUUAAAAGAUAUUUGAAGAUGUCACAGAUUGGUUUGACGGAAUCGGUAAAAGGUGAUGCUAGACGAUUCGAGAUAUGGUUGCAAGGUAGAGCCGAAGUACAUACGAUACAAGCACCGAACAUCGACGUGAAACAAUCCUGGGUGCGUCAGAUUAAAGGUGUUCUGAUGUCCCAGCUAGCCGAACUCAAAGGCAAACAGAAUUCUGCUCUUGGAAAAUCCAAUCAUAAGCCAUUGCGGCAAACUAUCUCGUGGGAAGCUCAAGGCAGCCUAUCGGGAUCUCUGCGAACAUUAUCCGUCGACAGUAACAGCGUUAUCUCUCACAUGACCGACGUGUCGCAGUCUACAGAGGAAGAUGUAGCGUGGAGUUCAGAAAAUAGUAAUACGGAUGAAGAAGAUGCCUUUGGCGACAAUCUGGGACCGGCACCCGGCGGAAGAUACGUGGCGUUAGCUGAUUAUUGCGCGGUGGGUCAGUCAGAGGUCACGAUGCGUGAGGGUGAUACCUUGGAGCUUCUCAAAGUCGGCUGCGCUGGCUGGUGGUUCGUCAAACUGAUCGGCAGCAGCGUGGAAGGCUGGGCGCCCGCGGCAUACCUAGAACCGAUCAGUCGAAAAACGUCACGCAGUUCACAGUCGGUGAAUAGUCAGGAGACCAUAUGAAACAGGCGACUAACACACUAGAAAUUCGCUAGUGUGUUAGAUCUUUGCUCUUCAUCUUCGCCGCAGUCGCGUCGAAGGACAUUCACCGUUUGGGAACGGUAUUUCAAAGAUUUUUCUAAGUGACGAACGGUUUUUGGAAAUCUUUUACAGUAUUUGAAUGAGAUGAUGAGUUACAUCAUUUUGUGUACCUUUCUUAUACAAUUACCGGCAUGUACGAAGCUUGUUAAGAGACGCUUUUGCGUUUGUGAUACGAGGAACGUUAAGUUAAAUAGGAUUUUUACGUUCACAAGAAUUUUAUACUAUUGGCAUAACGAGAGAGGAAGAUAAGACGGAGUGAGAAGUUUCAUGUUUCACGAAGAUUGUAGUAUGAACGCGGUCGAUCGAACGAGUUGUUACAGUUUGAUUGGACGAAUCCGUUUUCGAGUACGAAAUGGUUUAUUGAAUUGUACAAAAUGUAGCGUUGAAUUAAGCUGGGAUAUGUACGUGCACGCGCACAAUAAAUUACGAGACGGUUUUGUAUCGGUCACUACAAUUUCUGUAAUAAUGAUGCACACGCUGUAGUCAGCAGAGAAAACGUCUCUGAAGUUAAAUCGCACGCGACCUCGCGUUCGGUUACUUAUAAUUCGUUAUAAGGAGAAUUUGCAUGAAAAAGUAUGUAAGCGUAUUCUGUAAAUGGUAGUUUUUACUUGCGACCCGGGUAAUCAAAUAUAUCGGCUGUACGCGAUUAUUCCAAAGUUUAAUAUUGUUGUAAGAGAAAGAAAAAGACGCGUGUGACAUUUUCGUCCAUAGCGUUGUAACGCGAUAUGCGUAACUAUCUUUGCCAGCUGGAUAAACCCGGUAAACGAUCUUAUCCUUGCUCGGUGUAUUUUACAGCGUCGCGAGUAAUUAGACGUCGAUCACGCCAGACACGUUGCCGUCGAUCACGUCAAUUGUGUAUCAUCAUAUGUUGGCUUUAGAGUUCUUAGAUAGAACCCUAGAUGCAUCGUUCACAACCGAAUAGUACAAUUUAGCGCAAUUUUUGCGAGCUUUUGAGAGUACCCUAAGUGUUUCGUUUUUCCGAGGUUGCUUCCGGGAGUUGAAAUAUAAAAUAUUCGCAACGAUAGAUCCUCGAGUCCCUCGAAGAGAGAAAAAAAGUGUGAUAAAAGAAACAUUAGAUUGAUGCUUCUGCAAACUAAUCACUGUAUAAACAGUGCAGAGAAAGAGAGAUGUUUAACUAAUAUUACGCCAUUCUUAGGACGUUAGAUAUUGUUGACGAGUCGUGUUUACGACCAAAUAGGCUUUUGAGAUGUUACUACGAUUAUAAUGUGAACCAUUCAUGUCGGGGGAAUAAAAGUCCGGUGAUGGGAGAGGGUUCAAAGAAUCAUAUACAACGUGUACACACAAAUUUUCUAGGAGGCUAAACGGUUAACACCAAGUAACACGCAAUAUCUGAUAAAAAAUCUUAACGCAUAACAAUACUUUAGGACUAUAUGAUAAGUAAUCUAAGUUCUAGGAUUUCAUAACCCACCAAUUUCAUAAGUCUCUAUUACGAUACGAUGAUGUAUAAUAGUAUCAUUUGUACUGAAACGUUUGUACGAAUACGGAUAACAUAAGGGGAAUUAUCCCGAUCGCUAUGAUUUUCUCUCCAAUGUCGCGCGUGCGUUAAUUGUGUCCGCUCCUACGAUACGCAAUAGGACACGAUUUUCGCAACUUUACUCAAAAAACAAGUGUUUAAUUUUUAGAUAUUGAAAUUUUUUUAUUUCAGAAACAGAAAUAAAACAUUUUAAUAUCAUAAAAUUAAAUAUUUCCUUUUUGAGUGUUUUAUUCAUAUAGCCUACAUGAGUCUCUGCUUUUAGCAUUUAUAAUCCGAGUAUUAUUAUUUGUACAGAAUUAUUGAUAUUUAUUAGAUAUUUAUUAGAUAUUUAUUAUAUAUUUAUUGAGUAGAGAAUUAUUUAUAUUGCGAUAAGUUGUAGCGAUCAGUGGUUUAUACUGUGGCUCAAGCUGCUUCAGACUGAUUUACAAUCGAUGUAAUGUAAACGCGCGAUACGCUGAAAGCGUAUAAUUUACGCAAUUUAUUGUAUAAUUUACGCAACUUUACGAUUAUGUAAAGCUCUUAGAUCAAGCGUAUGCGAAUUUGUUUCUUGCCGGAACUGUACUGCAUCUACAAAACUCGCACCUCCGAUCGUACAAGCACAGCAGUAUCUCUUCUGCGUCAUGUCUGUUACUUUCCACAUUGUUUCCUCAGUCGCACUAGAAUUGUAGUAGGUCUACGUGUAUUCAUCCAUUUGUACGCCGUCCUUAUAUAUUGACCAUAAAAUUCCAAUCAAACGAGCAAUGUUAGUUUAAACGGUAUACGUUUCACUCGAUGCGUCCGCUUUGCGUUGCGAUAUCAAGGAUAAUGAAAUAUGCGAUCGAUUUUGUUUUGCAGGAGCGAUUCUAUGCAAAGAGAGGAGAGGACACUGGUGGCACACAGUUCAAUUUGAGAAAAAAAAAAGAAAACAGUUAAAAUGCCGCUCAUCCUAUUGUCCGCGAGCAUGCUUCCACAAAUUGUCACAUCCGGGGCCGGAAAUCGUUCGCGGGCCUCGUGAGCAGCGAUUUCUCGUCUGUGUAAAAUCGCGGUUAAAAAGCGACCAAGCCAAGGGUGAUAUCUAAACAUGCAAGACGCAUUUUUUGUAGAAUCUAUAAAUAUACCUAUAUGUAUACACGUAUACACGUAUAUAUACAUAUAUAUAUAGACAAUAAUUAUAUACUCGCUGUUGAAGGAUGCAUGACGGUGCAUUCGUUUACAUAACAAUUCAUGAUGAAACAUGACCGAAGAAGCGAUACUUCCCCUCGGCGACUAGAACCUCGGGGCAAAUAGAAGCAGGUUUCCGCGAGUGAAUCUCUCUCGCCGUGAACGGAAUCACGAUAUUAAUAAAGAUCGCGUAAACGCAAUCGUUUGCGUGCAAUCUCUCAAAAGACUAGAAAAGAAGAAAAAGAAGAAACGUGGGAGAAUUCGAUGUUUCGACUGCGGUUUCCUUAACGAACGGUUCCUCUCGUCGUUCCUUGCCGGCGCAAGAGGGUGAUAGUAAAGUCUAUUUUUGCAUAUAACACGUAACAAAGUGGCUGCCGAAAUCUCUUCUAUUUGCAUUACGUAUGCGUUUGGGCGAUCAUUUCUCACUGACUGUAAUUGACGACCGUUUCCUCUUCUUUCGAUCAUCUCUUCGAGAAAUACGAUUUUCUCUCAGCUUCUCAUUCUUUUUUUUUUUCCUUUUACGUGCAAUCUGCGAUUGUGAAUCGUAGGUCGUUUUAGUCCUCGCGAGAGAGGAAUUUCUCGACUCUCAAAAGCGAUAUUUUUAUACAGGAUGCAUAAAAAAGAAUCGCUCGAGCUUACGCAUUGAUCAAUGCUCGGAAUGUCUAUUUAUAUCGAAUUCUGCGUUAUAUAAUGAAUUAACGCAAGCGAAUUCGUUUGGCUGGGUGAAGCUUUCAUGUACGAACAGGACAGGCGUUUAAUGCGAUUACCGAAUAGCGAGAAACGAUCAUUUUUAAUUGUCACCCGUCUUCGUCUCCAUCGUCUUCGAAGGAGGAAACGGUGCACCGCGAUUUCUAUGCAUUUGGCUGUUUCCAUACGUUCGAGCGUGUCACAGGGAGUUUUGUUGUUUCAACGUCCGAGAAUCUUAUGUACAAUCAGUUGUCAAAACCUUGUAUGAGUAUCUACAAUACUUAAACCGGGAACAUUAAUUAAACGCAAGAAUUCGAAACAGAA